GAUACACAAAGUUUCUUUUUAUUACAGUGGAAAAAUGGAAAUAAAUCAACUUCUUCCAACUUUAGCGGCUGAAGUGGCUACUCUCAUGUUGAUACUCAUAGAAGAGGAAGACGAAGAACUGCAGCAAGAGGAAAAUGCACGGCGCUGCUGGAUGACCGAUCUAUUUCUGGAGAGGGAAAGCGUUUGGACCCGGCAGUUUAGGGCGAUAGAUGGCGAAGGACCAAACAACCGGCUAAAAAGUUUUCUACGUGUGAAUCGCGAAGAAUUUUACUAUCUUUUAAAUCGGAUUGGUCCAAAAAUUGAGCGUCAAGAUACAACGAUGCGACCUUCUAUCUGCCCGAAGCAACGAUUAUGCUUCGGGCUUCGCUUUUUAGCUUCGGGAGACUCAUAUGAAUCUCUUGCUUUUUUGUUUAGGGUUUCUAGCAGUUCCGUAUCCAUUAUUGUGCGUGAUGUUUGUACACACAUAAUAAGUGAGUUGAAGGAAUACGUUAAGGUAUUAUUUCACUAAUUUAAUAUGGUAACAGUUCCAUACUAAUACUCUCUUCUUACUUAUAAGGUGACCACUUUA